AUGGCGCCGCGGAAGGGGACACGCAGGGCAUGCGACCCCUGCUCGAUCAGAAAGGUCCGAUGCGACGGUGGCCAACCCUGCUCACGAUGCGAGGCCGCCAGUUGGGACUGCACCUAUCUUAAGACGCACGGCAAGUCGGGCCCAAAAGGGCCUCGGCGAACAACUGAGGCUGCCAUCAGGAAAUUGCAAGAGCGCAGCAGAAGCAGCCUCGACCCAGGACCUAGGAGCGAAAGCGACACGAGUCUAGACGAUGCGAGUCCAAGCACUACUGACUUCCCUCUCCUGGAUCCACUGCCUCCUACCAGCGAUCCGCCGUUGGACGGCCUAGGAUGGCCGGAUAUCGUCAGUCCGACCUUCGCGGGCGCACCUCAGCAGCCUCAGCGAAUAUCCACGUCCUCCAUCUCGCAGUAUCUAGAAGUCUACCAGGCUCGCGGUUAUCCGAUAUGGCCAGUUGUGGAUACAGAAAUCCUGAUCGCCCGCCUCCUAACCCAUCCGGAUGACUUGGAAGCUUACGGCCUCGCUACAGCUAUUUGCGCAGCUACGAUAAGCCAGUUCCGAAUCGAUGCAGAGCUAGGAAGCCCCGGGGACGGACACUUUCGGGUUGCAAGCGGUGUAUUUGAAGCCGAAGCGAAGAGAGCACGCAACGAGUCAGAUCACCGAGAGAAUGUGACGCUCUGGUCUCUCCUGUCCACCUUCUUCUUGCACGUAUAUUCUGCAAACAUUGGUCGUAUGGCUGCAUCGACCGUCUUCCUUGGAGAAGCGAUCACGAAAGCGCACAUCAUCGGACUACAUAACCCUUCCUACUAUCAGCCCAUGCACAUCGAACAACAGCAGCAUAAUUUAAGGAUAUAUUGGCUUUUGUUCAUUACUGAGAGAGCCCAUUCGAUCCAACACGAUGUGCCCACCAUGCUGAAGCGAACGCCGGAGCUCCCAUCGCUAGACAAUCUAAACGAUGGCUCCAUCACGCCCGCAUUCAUCCAGCUUUGCCACCUCUUCAAUAUUCUAGAUGUAACGAUGACCGCCGACCCAGCUACUGCCCGCAAUGCGCUAGCCUUUGCUCACCAGCAGCUCGCAGAUGAUGAAUCUUCACGCAGCUUGCAGAACGAGUUGCAACGUGCCGAUAUCUCCAUGACACAGCAAUGGAUGCGCAUCUUCCUCUGGCAGCAUGCCCUGAGCGUAACCAGCCUACGCUCCACGGACGAGAACGACGAAUUUUCUUUCUCGUUCCCCGCGAAGGUUGCGCAGAUGGUUCUCACUCAUGUGAGCAGCUUGAAGAAAGCGAGCUUAGAAGCGCACGGUCCUGGAAUGGAGUCGAAGUUAUUUGAUAUCGCGAACUCGCUGGCGGACGUCAUGAUCUUCGUACCGUCGCUCAACCAAGAUGCCGGGUUCGGCAUCGGACCAAGAGACCUGAUUCAUUCGCUUUCUUCUCUGCUCGCAUCCUUUAGGGGAGGCAAUUCCGCAGUAAUAAAUAUCCUGCAGGACAAGUUGACAACGUUGGGCAUCUCAAACGUCUCACCUCAGAAGCUAAUCGAUAUAUCCUCGGAAGACGAGCUCGAUGAACGGAAGGACGGCACACGACGCUCCGGAACAUGGAGCGACAACGGGGCCUACACGCUACCAGCGCCCAUAAUUCCAGCUUUCCCAGCGGCGUUGGAUGCGUUGUAA